CAUAUCGCCAAAACAUAGGUGCAAAGGUUGCACCGCCCUCUCUACAAAAUCAAAUGGUCCUCCAUCAGUAGACACACCUUCUACUGGAGGGACAGCCAGAGGACAGACAGACAGCAGGUAAAGGAGAGGAAGAUACCAUGGCAACUGCUUCAGAACAGAAUGUGGAGUUUGUGCGGACAGGCUACGGCAAAAACACAGUGAAGGUGCUGGUGAUCAGGAGAGAGCGUGGCCACCAUUACAUCAUCGAGCUGAAAGCCGACGUGGAGCUCACACUCAAAUCACGCAAAGAUUAUCUAACUGGAGACAACUCUGACAUCAUUCCCACCGACACCAUCAAGAACACCGUCCAUGCCCUGGCCAAAAUCAAGGGGGUAAAAAACAUCGAGCAGUUUUCCAUGGAUAUCUGUCAUCAUUUCCUGACGUCUUUCAACCAUGUGCUGAGGGCCAAAGUUCACAUGGAGGAGGCUCCAUGGAGAAGGUUGGAGAAGAAUGGAGUAGAGCAUGCUCAUGCAUUUAUCUACAGCCCAGAAGCUUGUCGCUUCUGUGAUGUUGAACAUUAUCUCAACGGUAUCCCAGUGGUUCACGGUGGGGUAAAGAACAUGACAGUGCUGAAAACCACCCAGUCUGGUUUUGAGGGUUUCCUUCGAGACCGCUUCACUACUCUGCAAGAGGCCAAGGACAGGUGUUUCUGCACCUCUGUCUAUGCUCGGUGGCUCUACAACAAGACUCAGGAUGUCGACUUUGAUUCUGCAUGGAAGAAGGUGAAGGAGACGAUUAUUGAGAAGUUUGCUGGCCCCUACGAUCGCGGGGAGUAUUCACCCUCUGUGCAGAAAACCCUUUAUGAAUCACAGGUUCUGGUCCUGGACAGAAUUCCUGAGGUUGAAGAAAUAGAGGUGGUCAUGCCCAAUCAGCAUUACUUCACCAUAGACAUGACAAAAAUGGGCCUCAGCAACAAAGAUGAAGUUCUUCUUGCCUUGGAUAACCCUUCAGGAAACAUAACAGGGACAUUGCGCAGGAAACAAGCCAAGCUGUGAAGACACUUCCAGGAAAUGCUGCUGCUGUGAUCUACAUGUCACUCUCGUUAUCAUCAGAAUUACAACUACAACUCAAUAUUUUUUGAAUAUGAUUCGAACAUUUGAUGACAGUUAAAAUAAAAUGAAAUAUCA